AUGAUGGCGCUUGAGCUGCUGGCCCAGCAGUACCUUCCGAUCUCUCCGCGACACCUGAGCCUUCUUACCUUAGAUGGCGGCUCCCCUGCUGCAGUUGUCGCCGUCUCACCAGCAUAUGAUAAUUUCAACCGUGUGUUCUUUCUUGAAUGGGAUUACCCCACGGAGACGGGUAAUUUUCGGCUUAUACACACAGAAAUGCCUGGUGUGGGUGUAAAUGCCCUCUCCCUUAUGCUUUCUCAAGACGGCGUUGUACACUGUGUCGUGCAGUGCGCCAGCAAAGGAAAAGAGGAGAGUCCAAAGACGUACCUUCUGCGUCGCACAGAGGAUGCAGGAAACUCGGAUAGUGAUACCAGUGACAACGGAAAUGAAGAAGACACGGCGGUAAAAUAUAAGAUUCUUCCCAAAGUGAUGGAGGAUGAUAGCAGGAGUUGGACUGUUGCAACCCGACUUUACAGAGGUAACGGCGGGGUACGGGACUCUAAUAACAGUUCCCGAGUUGUCGCUGCUUGUGGAGGUGAGCGCGGUGAACCAAACGCUCUCAAGAUGAUGUACCUCAGUGGUACACGGUUGUCAGUGCAACAAAGCGUAGAAUUGCCUGUGUUGUCAACUUUCCCACUACUUCGGUUGUGUGAAAUCGAUGGCGAUGUCUCCUCGCUUCUUGCAUUAUGUCAUCACGCCGUGUUAGAGAUUGACCCUCGGCUAAAGCAGCAGGAAAGUGUUGUGCGCGCGUGGAAAUGGACCCCGCGGGACCCACUCACUGCUUUUGCUGUGAAGGAUAACAGUAUUGUGGCCGGCACAGAAGAUGGAGUGCUAGUACUAUGGGACUUGCGUUUUGCUGCCGUGCACGAGAAAGGUAGCAAAGCAGUGGACCACAGCGUUUCUUGCGGGGCCCCCAUCACUGGUUUGCAUAUGCCUCAUAGUUCCAGUGUACUGUCGUGUCAAGCGGAUGGUGCAGUACUUACCUGGGAGCGGUGUUCAACUUCAUCUAUUAAUAACAUCAACGAGGCGUGUUUUGUCCCCAGGCGCAUCCCUGCGCUUCCUCCCACCUUUGUGGGAACGCCCGGUUGUGUGGGAAUGGCUGCAGAAGAUAAUAUUGCCGUGGUUGCAGAUGAGUCGGGGGUUCUCAGCAUUUUCUCCAUGUCGUAA